UCCACUUCCAUGCUAAGAUUGAAGACGAUGACGAAACGCAGCUCUUCGUUUCCAAUUACUAAUUUGGUCUGUAAUGGACAUUGUUUUGAGAUUGAGGACAGAACCAUUGGUCUGACGUGGACAUUGUCUUGAGAUUCAGAUCUUCUCUUUCCCUGCUUUGUGUCCUUAAGCCCCUCUUUGGAAGGUCUCAGAAGAAAACUAGUUUCUUCUCCCUGAGACCCCUAAAGACCGAUUCUAUGUGACAACGCCUUGGAAGAGGUUUGCUUAUAAACCUACUGACAUUGAGAUGAUUGCCCAAGAGUACAUGUCAUGUACACUGAUUUGGUUUAUGAGAAAUGCUUCUAUCCACAUCUCCUCAAUGGUCUCACAUCAGUGGAGCUCACCACUUGGACUAAUUAACAUUUUCUAAUGGAUGCAUGGAGUUCUUCUGGGUUGGCUAACAGUGGAGCAGUGGGUCAAAGAUGUCUGAUCUCAGCCAAGUAGUCAUUGACUCUGAUGCCUCAGACAUUUACAAGAAUGUGUUCUGCAAUCCUGCCUUUGAGCUGGAGCUGGAGCGAGAGGAGCGCGUGGAGGGAUUUCCAAUGACCUCAUCCACCCCUGAGCCAAUCAAACCACCAACAACUGGCCGAGGGUGGGGUCUCUUUGUGGUGUGUGUUGUUCCAUUUCGGGGUGCAGGUUGCGGCUGGGGGAAGCUGGCGGUCUCUGCUGCUGCCGCGCUCCUGGUUGCAGCUCUCGGCCUGACAUUGGCCCUCAUCCUCACACAGAUUAAAGGUCAAGAGUUUGAGGAGCAGUUGUUGUCUACCAGCCCUUCAGACCUGUUCAGUGCAGAGGGUGGAGAAUUACCCACAAUUCCUGCAAACAGAAGCCAGCCGGACAGUACGGCAGUACCCCGCCCUGUUACCACCCCCACGACUGAAACACGCUGUGGCGGAGUUUUGACUGAUUCCGAAGGUUUUUUCAGCUCACCAAAUCACCCUGGCUCCUAUCCCCCCAACACUUUGUGUGUGUGGGUGAUCCAAACCACACCCCCUCACUUAAUUCAGAUCCAUGUGUCCUCUUUGAAUGUGGAGGGUCCAUCUCCCUGUUUGUUUGACUGGCUGGAGGUGCAAGACCACUUAGAGCACAGCUCCAUGGUCACAAGGUUCUGUGGCGCCGUCGCUCCACCAACAGUCAACACAAACAGCAGCACCGUAUGGGUGACCUUCCACUCUGAUGGCAGCAUUGCAGGCAAUGGCUUCACAGCUCAGUACAGGGCCUUGGCACCUGGGCACAAAAGUUGCUCCAGAGAAGAGUUCAUGUGCGACAGUGGACGCUGCCUGCUGCCCGUGUCUGUGUGUGACGGUCAUCCAAACUGCCAUGACCAGAAAGAUGAGGCCAACUGCAGCCAUAAACACAGUGAAUGCGGCGGGCAGAAAAUUGGGUCAUACGGCUUCCUAGCAAGUCCAAACCACCCCAGGCCAUACCCUCACCAGCAGUUUUGUGUAUGGCACAUAUCUGUUGAGGAGGGUCACGUUAUCAUGCUGCGCUUCAAUAACUUCAGCCUGGAGACACAAGAUGUGUGUGAGUUCGACUAUGUGGAGGUGCAUGACAGCGACAACAUUGGAGCUGGAAGAGUUCUGGGAAGGUUUUGUGGCACCACCCGCCCACCAGACCUGACCUCGUCCGGCCAGCACAUGACUGUGCUGUUUGCGGCUGACGAGGGAGUGGCUGACAGCGGCUUUAACGCGACGUAUCGGUCCAUGUCUCUGCGGGAUAGGACAUGUGGUCCGAGGCAGUUUGCCUGCAGCAACGGCGAGUGUCUUCAUUCACAGUGGUUGUGUGACGGCUGGAACGACUGCCCUGAUGGAGCAGAUGAACAAGAUUGUGGCAACUCCACUUACCCUCCCUUCACCAUGGACAAGAGAAUAAAUGGAGCCGUUUUGUCACCUUUCACACAAAAGAUAUAUGCUUCUUUCUGGGGAGUGGAUAGCAAAAACAUGGGCCCUGACCUUUUUUUUUUGAGCAGAGGUCAAUACUCGACUGGAAUAUGCCUUUUUCUUGAUGCCACCAGGUUCCACGUGCGAAACCAUAGAGGUGGAGAUGUGUCUGGGUCUCAGCUACAACCUCACCUCAUUCCCCAACAUAUGGCUCUCCAUCGCUGAUCAGAGAGAAGCUACCACACUACUGCGACAGUACAGGGUUCUGAUGGAACUGGCCUGCUUCGAGCCCUUGCGGAGACUCAUUUGUGGGAUGUUCUUGCCACAGUGCAGCCCUCGCGGAGGCGUCCUGCAGCCGUGCCGCUCUGUCUGCUCCUCGGCUGAGCAGCAGUGCAGCCAAG